AUUUCUGGGCCACUCAUUCUCUAGUGUUGUUUUCGGAAUGUGUAUGCUAUUAAUGUAAUGGUUAUUUGAAUCGAAAAUAUUAUGUUUACAGCAUCUUACACCAAUCACAGGAGCCAAACGUUUGAAAUUGUAAUCGUUUUGAAACACAAGAGAACGUUUCGAUUCAUGAAUACAACUUUUUCAUCGGGAGUUCACACUAGAUAGCAUAGCCAUAAGGUCAAAAUUGGUUAUAUCGUAAAAAUGUAUGAAAACAAAAAUUAGCUUUUUAAUUUAAGAUUAGGCAUACGGUUAGCAGUAUGGUUCAUGUUAUAGUUAAGGUUUAUAUUUAACAUCUAAUUUUAAAAAGAGAAAUUGUAGAAAUAGGCGAGGUUUAUGACUUUGUGGAUGUGUUAACUAAUUAUGACCCGGGGCAGCGCAGACAUCAUAUCCGGUAAGAUUGCAACUCUCCAAACGGAAUUUGCACAGUGCACUCAUAGCUAUGAAUUUUCGCCAACUUUUGCCGACACAAUGCUUCAGGAAAAGUGUUUACCAUUCACGCAUUUUGCGCCCUGCAUGCCGAGCAGAGAGACACUUAUGCAUAUCAAACACAAAAAAUGACGAGGUGCGUCUUGCUGAAGAAGCAAGCAAGAAAUAUGGAUCUCCAGCUCCAACUAUCUUUUCCAGAGUGAUUGACAAAACUAUUCCUGCAGAUAUCAUUUAUGAAGAUGAUAAGUGUUUAGCUUUCAGAGAUAUCAGUCCACAAGCCCCUGUGCACUUCCUGGUUAUUCCAAGGGACCCUAUCCCCAAAAUCAGUGAAGUUAAAGAUGAUGAUGCUGAGCUGUUAGGUCACCUCCUAGUGGUUGCAAAAAAUGUGGCGAAGAAAGAGGCAUUGCACGAAGGUUACAGAAUGGUGAUCAACGAUGGGAAGCAUGGUGCCCAGUCUGUAUACCACCUUCACAUCCACGUCCUGGGAGGCAGACAGCUGAACUGGCCUCCAGGUUAACAGGUUAACAGAUGGACUUCCUGUUUUAGAGGGGUUAGUUUCAUGUAAACCUUAAAGAGCAACUGCCCCGAAAAAACAACUUCUCAUUUAGAAAACUCGAUAUUAGUCGGCAACAUUAUUCUACUGUCAAAAUUGACUACAAUGUGAUCAUUGUGUUCAUAAAGUCUGUUUCGUCCAAAAAUAGUUUUGUGACACUUGUGGUCAGGACUGCAUCACAAUGGAUAUUAAGGUAGGGUUUGUUUCAACCCUGCCCAAAUUCCCACAUCUGGCAGCACCCAUGAAGUAAUCAUCAAUUAGGAGCUUAAUGCCUAUGGUCAAUUUGAGUUGACGAUGGAUAUCCUUUGGGGCUAGUUACGGACCAUCAGUAAAUUACACAAUGUACAUGGGACAAUAUGUUACAAUUCCAAUAGCUCCAAAUGUCAAUGACUUAACCUCAAACCAACUAUACAUUGUAGAAAUUCAUAUAUAAAUAUUGAAAGCAUUUAAUAAGAACUUAAAGGUGUGCAACAUGAAAAUAUUGUAAUUUACAUUGUAAUUUAUUGAUGGUCGCUAACUAUCCCCGGAGAUAUGUUAUCCAAAGUCGAGCUAACUUUGCCACAGUUGCACACCAGCUGGCUUAAGAUAAUUGGCAAAAUAAUUUGGCUACCUCUUCCCACCUGCGAACACAAACAAGAGACACCCACAUCAAACCACACCCGAAACCAACUCAUGUUUGAAUUCAGUCAUGGCAACUAGCAUUUCUUAAUGAACCAAAUUUAAAUUGAGGCCAAAUCAGGAAGUGCAGUGGCCCUUUAACCUCAUUCACAUACAAAUAUAAUGAAGCUCUUGAGUCUGACUAUUUGAUUUUUUCCAAAGUUAAAUAUUUUCAUCCUAUUUAACUAUUAUGUAGUUAACUAUUGUGUAAUGUGAUAUGUUGAUUGAUGUAAUUGUACAGUUUGCCUGUAUAUACAAAUAUGGAAUAAAACAAAGUUGUGUGAAUGA